UACUGCGAUAGUGCGGUGGGCAAUCUGACAUUACCUGAUGCUGAGGGGAAAGUGACUAACUGCCACUGACAUGACCAGUGACAUUACUACAGUGAUCAGUGAUAAUAUUAUACGCUGUCACUGUACUAAUGACAUUGGCUGGGAAGGAGUUAACAUCUAGGGUGAUCAGGGGUUAAAUGUUCGCCUACCUAUGUGUAAUGUGUGUAAAGUGUGCUGAUUUUACUAACAGAUCUCUAACACAGAGAUUAUGCUUGGCAAUCACUGGGUGCCAGCGAGUAAUCACCGACCGAGACCCGGUGAUUGACAGCUGCAGUGAUUUUCACAUGUGCCCCGUACCUGGAAAUGCAAAAUCA